AUGGCGGAAUGGGUGACUGAGCUCCGCAUUAUGGAGGACGAUGACUUUGUCAACGUCUUCCGCAUCUCGUCUGAACUGCUGGAGUACAUCGCACCUGUCAUGGCCCUCCCCAUGAGCCACUUCGUUGAGAAGCUCGGGAUCCCGCUCGACCUUUGUGUCCUCAUCCCUAUCAAGUACUUUGCCAGCGCCAUGACCUUCAUUGACCUGGGCCUCUACUUCGGUCUGCCCAAGACCAUUGUGCACAGGAUUGUGGAGGCCUUCCUUGUGCACUUCCCCCGGAGGUUCAAGAAGACCUGGGUGCGCUUUCCCACUGCAGAGGAGAUGGCGGAGAUGGCAUCCGACUUCAAGGAAGUACGGGGGGUGCCGAAUGUUGUUGGAGCAAUUGGUGGGACACAUAUCGAGAUAAGGGGGAUGGAGAAUCACAUGCAAGAGUAUUACAACAGGAAGUCCGUCUAUUCCACCCAGUUGCAGGUUACAUGCGACAGCAAGGGAAAUGUCUGGGACUACACCGUCGGGCACCCGGGAUCUAUGCAUGAUCAGGGCAUCUUCCAGCAGUCCGAACUGCACGCCCGCCUAGAGCAUGGUGACCUCGGACCGUACCAGAUCGUCGGUGAUGCUGCUUACCCGCUGCGCAGCUACUGCCUCACUCCUGUGAAUGCAACCCGCAGGCGCCUGAUGAAGAGCUGGGAGCAGACGUAUAACUACAUCCAUUCCGCCACCCGCAUGGUUGUGGAGCGGACCAUUGUCCGACCUGCGCAAGCGGAGGAAGCAGUUUGGGAAGCACAUGCAUCGUGCUUACCUGAGGAGGCACCGCCCGUGGAGCCUUGA